UCACCGAAAGCUCAUUAAAUGUACGCGGCUAGUUUCACAACGAUAACAAAAAUGUGUUAAUAUUAAUGCCACAUAUCACCGACAAGCAUAGCACAAUCACUUUCAAGACUGAGAUUAAAGAAUGAUUGUAAAAUAUGGCAUUGUUGUUUUCCUACUGCAGUAUUUGAUACCAGGAAUCCCUGCGCCGCCAGGACAUUCCACGAUCUGCAAGACUUGUAACAAUGUGAACCAUCCGGGCGACUGUCACCACCAGGAGACUUGCCAUCAUGGGUUCUGCAGCGAGGACGUAUAUUUACAUAACGGAACGUACAUCUACAGGCUAGGCUGCAAGGAACACGCUCAAUGUGAGCACGACAUUCAUCUGGUGGGACGGCGGGCGAUCGGAAGGCUGGUGUGUAGUGAGUGCUGUGACCACACAGGAUGCCAGACAGGCCUUUGUUCGCAUUACGCUCACCAACCAACCACCACUCCGCCACCAGUCACAAUCCAUCACAGCGUCUCCUAUUGCCGGAUGUGCACUAACGCCCGAGACCCGUAUGGCUGUCACCAUGUUGGAAUUUGUCACGAUACGGAUUGA